CCUCCAGACGCCCUUGUUCCAUUCAGAUUGUUGUUGCUUUGAAUCGUCGCUUCAUUCAUCUCAAUCGACGCCGCACCAUUGUCUGAGUCACUUGUUGCCAGCCACCCAGCUUUCUGGCUGUCGCGCUGCCUUGAUUGCCUCUCCCCCAAAACGGCCCUUUUUGGUUUCUCGCCCCGAACCAUCCUUUUUCACCCCGAUCCUUCCACCGAUCAGUACAACCCACAACUUCAUUUAUCCCUCAUCACCUAGAUGGAAAGUGACCUUGCGCUCCUCUGUCGAGUCUGCUCUUGCUUUGAACCAUGUCAGCCACCGAAAUCGACACCCUGUGGCGCUCCGCCUUUGGCGAAUCAGCUAUCCGACCCCUGCCCUACAGUUCGGAAGAGCUGGGCGACGAUGGAUGGCGACCACUGACGGAUCCGCAAAAAUUCAUCAUGAAUCUGGCUCCUCUGAAUCACCAACAACUCUAUGCUGCCAGUGCCAACAAUCAACUCGCCAUGAUCGACGCCCAGAACGAAUACCUGGAGCUAGAGCGCCACAUUGCCAACAUCAAGGGCAAAGAAACCAUCAAAAACCCCCAAGACCUCCCGGCCCCGGAUGUCUUUGAGGAACGGAAGGAAGCGGCAUUGUACGGCUACAAGUAUGAUGCUAAUCGCCCAGCCCUGCUCCAUGCCGGUAUUCCUGGUCUCAGAUCCGCCGAUGAUCUGACCGACAGAGAAAAACACGAUGUGCGCUUGUUCCAAGAGCCAUUCGAGCAAGGGGGUUUUGUGCCCAAGGAGAGAGAGUACAGAGCCAAGGUCGCCAAAGCCAAAGAUCCCAAGAACGUCGACGGCUGGAUCCCCAUCGAGAAAGACGGCAAGCACCUCGUCCCACGUCAACAAACUCACCAUGAAGAGUACAACAUCACAUAUGUUAAGCGCAAUGUGGACGAAAAUGGUGAGAUCAUUCGACCUCAAUCCCCCGAAGGCAGUGAAGUCCCCGGUGAAACUCCAGACAAGGUCGUCAACAAACGUUUGACCAGAACCCGCUUCGAUGGCAAAAAGUUCCCACCGACACGAGACGUGUCGGAGGCUCCGUCGGCAGCUUCUACUCCCAGCGGCAGAAAGCGAGGAAGUCCCUCUGGAGUCGACACGCGAGAAGAUACCCCCAGCUCGAAACGCCGCAAGAUCCAUCUCACCGUCAAUGGUGGGGAACAGCCCAAGCCGAAGCACCCGAAUCAAUAUACAAAAGCAAAAGAAAGAGAGUUGGCAGCCACUCAUACCACUCCAGCUCAAGCCAGUACCAAACCCGUCGCAUCAUCUUCGUCCACUUCAGCCAAGCCAACGUGGCGGGAGUUGUCGCCAAUGUCAAAGCGCACACACAAGUGGACGGACCCGGAUUUGAUCCAGUCAAUCAAAGAAGAUCACACGUGGUUGCAUGAUGACCCCAAGAGGGCGGAAGAGUGGAAACACAAGCUCCUGAACGGCAUCAAUCCCGUCCGAAGUCUUAGCAUGUUGCUCAAAUGGAACUACUGGCAAGUCACCAACCAAGCCAAGAGACCGCGGGCGAAGAAGAACCCAGCCGAACUAGACGAAUCAGUCAAGGAAAUUGAGGACUCCAGCGAGUCCCAAAAGCCGAGACGAAGGGUGACCAAGCCGAAAAAGGUGGAUGACAGCGAGAGAUCAACACCGGCCACAACGCCCGCGCCAGAGGCCGUCAAUGGCGUGGCCAUGCAGAAUACGAAGCUUGGGGUGCACACGCGAGCAGCGAAAUCGGCUCGAAGAGCAGCCGGGGCAGAAAACGCCAUAUUCAGAGACACGGUUUUUGUGCAGGACAAGCGCAAUGGCGCGAGCGGUGGAAAGCAAGCAGGCACAGAGACGGAGCCACCAUCGAGGGGAGAGGAGGAGGUUGCAGGGGACAGAAAUGGAAAUGGCAAAGACCUGAAUAGUAACGGAUCGCCACUCAGAAGGCCAAGCAUGAAGAGAGAAGAGAGUGACUCAACGAUUGUGAUCAAGAGCAGCGCACCGUCGACGAGGCGAUCGCUACGGAGUGCGAGGAGAUCCAGUGGCUAGGUUGAUCUAUUGGCAGUACACAUCCUGGGUUUGGCAACAGCACGACGUGUGUAUAUAUACGCCAUUGUAGGGAGACAGCCGUGGCCAAUCAUGCUCUCUGCAGAUGCUAGACAGAGAAUUCAUUGACAGAGCCUCGACUGGUAAGGAUCGAUGUAACAUCUCGCGCACAUCUGCGAUGUAUCUCGUACGACGCGAGAAUAGUUCACC